AGGACCCAGCCUCUUAAUCAACCUGUGUACUCUUGGACUUUCCACAGUGAAAGUUGUAACCAGAAUCUCCCUUUCCCAACAUACUCAUUUGUGGCAAGAAGACCGUGAAGAAAGUCAGCAUGAGUACUACAGGGAAAGUGAUCAAAUGCAGAGCAGCCGUACUCUGGAAGGCUGGUGCACCAUUUUCCAUUGAGGAGGUAGAAGUGGCCCCACCAAAGGCAAAGGAAGUUCGCAUAAAGAUCACGGCUACAGGGCUCUGUGGUACCGAGAUUAAAAUGUUGGAGAAUCAAAUGCAGUAUCCCAUCAUUUUGGGCCAUGAAGGGGCUGGAAUCGUUGAGAGUGUGGGAGAAGGAGUGAGCACCGUGAAAGCAGGUGAUAAAGUUAUCACACUCUUUCUACCACAGUGUGGAGAGUGUGCCUCAUGCCUUAAUUCUGAAGACAACUAUUGUAUACAACUCAAACAGUCGCAUACCAGCCUGAUGACUGAUGGUACCAGUAGAUUUACCUGCAAGGGAAAAACAAUAUAUCACUUUGCCAAUACGAGCACCUUCUCUGAAUACACGGUGAUAAGAGAAAUCUCAGUUGCCAAGGUCGAUGCAAUGGCUCCUCUGGAGAAAGUAUGCCUCAUUAGCUGUGGAUUUUCCACUGGGUAUGGUGCUGCAAUCAAUACUGCCAAGGUGACCCCAGGCUCCACCUGUGCGGUGUUUGGCCUUGGAGGAGUCGGCCUGUCUGUUGUCAUGGGCUGUAAAGCGGCUGGCGCGGCCAGGAUCAUUGGGGUGGACAUCAAUAAAGACAAAUUUGAGAAGGCAAAGCAAGUGGGUGCCACUGAGUGCAUCAGCCCACAGGACUUCAAGAAACCCAUCCAAGAUGUUUUAGUUGAAAUGACAGGUGCUGGUGUGGAAUUUUGCUUUGAGGUCAUCGGAAAUCCAGAAAUGGUGGCAGCUGCCCUGGCCUCCUGCCAUGAGAGCCAUGGAGUCUGCGUGAUUGUGGGGCUCUUGGAUUAUGGUGUCCAGCUCAACAUCAAUGGCUACUUGUUCUUCUCAGGACGUUCUUUGAAGGGAUCUGUUUUUGGAGGCUGGAAAAGCAGAGAGAACGUCUCUAAACUGGUUUCAGAUUAUAUGGCAAAGAAGUUUAAUCUAGAUCCACUGAUUACCCAUACUAUGAGCCUUGAUAAAGUCAAUGAAGCCGUUAAAUUCAUGAAAACCGGAAAAUGUAUCCGCUGUGUCAUGUUACUUUAAGGACAAUGUAAUGAACACAAGAUCCGUGGCAUAUUUUCACCAACUAAAUUGCAUCCUGUAUAACUUCCAUGACUUAAAAGGAUUAUCCACACAGGUCUUGCCUCUGAUUCAUUCCGUAGUGGGCUAAUAUCUGACUUCUGCUCUCACCACCUCAUCAAAAUUGAUCCUUUGUCAUCCAGUCUCACCCAGGAACAGCUCCCUGUUAGAGCUAGUGUAGGGUUGAUUUGAAUCACCUAAUUCCAAAACCUUCAAACAGUCACCCCAAGAUACUCCCAUUUUCAUAGUUGCCUUUACCUCUGGGCCCCUGAUUCUUUGCACACUAUGUCUCUCAUCCCCAUGAAACUCCACUCAUUUCACACCAAAGAAAUAAAAUUUACCAAUCAUGAGUUUAUUGUACAUUCAGGUUAAAGCCAGCUGAUUGGGGGGGAAGGGGACUUGAUUACAUUAACUUAAAUAUAUCCCAGUUAAACACUAAGUCCUUCAUUCUUAGUAUUACUCAUCUCAGAGAUACUUCUACUGGCAUUUCACCUUAUAUAACCCAGCCUCAAACCAUCACUUAUGCUUCUAUGUCACUCACCUCUUCUCUCAUGGAUUGCCAAAGGAACUUUAAGUUCUUUUUUAUUUGACCAAGACAAUUUAGCUCUCAGCAGUUUGUGUCACCUGGCUUCCUAGCCAAGCCAUCUAAAAUUCAGCAGAAAGAAAAAGGGGCUUGAAAGAAAAGGAGAGUCAUUAAUUACCAGGAUCCAUGCACCCUAGGAGGCAGCUAUGGUAUUAAACAAUAAAACUGGCUUCUAUUCCACUCACCAAGGAAAGAGGAGAUAGUGUGUCAUUAUUACCAAUGAGUAUCAUUGUUUCUUUCCUUCAAGAAGGAGAUGAGAUAAAGACAAGGUCCAGCAGGGAUUUGUGGCACCCAAUCCCUCUCUACCCACUUCUCUGCCCUACUCCUUCCUAAUUCUCCUAGAACCUGAGUUAAGAUUGAGCCCUCAUGGGAUAUGGCUUCUGCCCUAUUCCCUAGAUAUAGAGUCUCUUUCAAACCCUCUUCUCCAAAACACACACCAGAGCUCCCUUCCUAGUUAAGGUUUCUUCUGCUGCGGUUUAGGCUCCCCGAGGUCUGAAGCCACUAGAUCAGACAGGAGUCCCGUGGACCAGCAGACCUCGACAGACCUCGGGAAACCAGGAGAUGAGAUGUCACGUUUGUACCUCGUCCAGUCGCCUCGUGAGUUAAGAUCAGCCAGGAAGGUGAGCUACAUCCCCAGCCUAUCUCUGCAGACACAGCUGCCACGUGUAUCAAAAGGCUCUCAAGAGACUCCGAUUCUCACACUGAGAAGCAGCCUCAUGAGGUGGGCAGCCUGCCUUUCCUUCAGGGUCCCUGCCUGCUACAAACAGAGGGGAUAGGCGCUAUCAAACGUGUUCUUUGUCUUCCAAACUGUGAUCCCAGUGGGAGAGGGCUCUCCUGCAGUGGGUUCAACCCUUAGCCUCUGGCAGAACUCUUCGAGUCCUAACGAAACAAUGGACAACUAAGCAAGGAAAAAUGAUUAACUUCAGUGCCAAGUAGUCAUUUGUUUCUGCAUCUGGUGUGCUGUUUAUUCUCAACACUUUGUUCAAGCACAGUUGUCUCUGGGGCCCUUCACCCUCCUGCUUUGGAAUAGAAAAUGACUUGUAUGUUGAUUUUAUUCAACCUGCUAUCUACAUUAGAAUCAGAGAAGGGCCUAGGUCCCAGCGGGCUGCCACUGCUGGCUGCCUCCUCUCUAGUCAUCACAAAGAGUAUUUUGACAAAAACUGAGGGCUCAGCAUAGGGCAUGCCCUAUGGGGAAUGCCUCUGCCAACAAGGGAGUGGCACUCUCCUUCUCCAUCUCCCCAAGUCUGAGCCAGAUGCCAACUCUGCUCUGCUCUGCACCUCUGUUCCCUGAGGGCAGCUCAGCAUGCCCCUGCCCUGCCCUGCGAAUAACCUUACUAACACUAAGAACUUGGAGAAGUCUUCAGGUCUUGGAGGGUCUGAGUCUGACCGAAAAUCUUUUGCUCUCAACAGCACCUGCAUCCUGCCCCAAGAAAGCCCACUUCUUUAAGCUGC